GAGAAGGUAAUGGCGUCGCUCCGCCGCCAACACCUUCUCCGCCUCUUAUUCGUCCUUGUUCUCGGGGCGCUGGCGGCCGCGGCCGAGGACGCGGCGGAGGCCCGUGCCCUCCUUGAUCUUAAAACGACUGUCUCUGACCCCUCCGCCUCCCUCUCCGCCUGGAACUCCUCCGCUGGCGUUGGCCACUGCUCCUGGCCGGGCGUCGGCUGUGACCCCAUCCAGGGUUCCGUCGUCUCUCUCGACCUCACCGGGUUCAACCUCUCCGGUAGCCUCUUUCCUGCCGUCGGCCGCCUCCGCCACCUCCUCAACCUCUCUGCCGCUUCCAACUCCCUCUCCGGCCCCAUCCCCGCUGAGAUUUCCCGCCUCGCCAGCCUCCGCCACCUCAACCUCUCCAACAACCUCCUCAAUGGCUCCUUCCCCUCCGCUCUCGCCCGUCUCAAAAACCUCCUCGUCCUCGACCUCUACAACAACAACCUCACCGGCCCACUACCCGUCGAGGUCGCCCGACUCCCCAACCUCCGCCACCUCCACCUCGGCGGCAACUUUUUUACCGGUGUCAUCCCUCCGGAGUUCGGUCGCUGGGAGUUCCUCGAGUACCUUGCCGUCUCCGGCAACGAGCUCGGAGGCCCCAUACCGCCGGAGCUCGGCAAUCUUACCCGCCUCCGCCAGCUCUACGUCGGCUACUUCAAUAGCUUCGAGGGCGGCAUCCCGCCGGAGAUUGGUAGCCUCCCGGCGCUCGUCCGGCUCGACAUGGCCAAUUGCGGCCUGACCGGCGAGAUUCCGCCCGAGCUCUGGAAACUCCAGAACCUCGACACGCUCUUCCUCCAGGUGAACGGUCUCGCCGGUGACAUCCCGCCGGAGCUUGGCCGCCUCCGCAGCCUCAAGUCCAUGGAUCUCUCUAACAACGCUCUCACAGGCGAGAUUCCCGCCACCUUCGCCGACCUCGAGAACCUGACCCUGCUCAACCUGUUCCGAAACAAGCUCCGCGGAUUAAUCCCGGAGUUCAUCGGCGAGCUGCCGGCGCUGGAGGUUCUACAGCUCUGGGAGAACAAUUUCACAGGUGGGAUCCCCAGGCAGCUUGGGCGGAGCGGCCGGCUGCAGCUCCUCGACUUGUCGUCGAACAAGCUCACCGGGACAUUACCGACGGGCCUAUGCUCCGAGAACACGCUGGAAACUGUCAUCGCUCUCGGGAACUUCCUCUUUGGCCCAAUACCGGAGACCCUCGGCCGGUGCAAAUCGCUCAGCCGGAUCCGUAUGGGGGAGAACUACCUUAACGGAUCGAUACCUGAUGGCCUUUUCAGCUUGCCCAUGCUCUCGCAGAUCGAGCUCCAGGACAAUCUCCUCACUGGCGGUUUCCCGGACACUGGCGCCGCCGCCAUCUCUCCGGACCUCGGUGAGAUAAACCUCUCGAACAACCGGCUCUCGGGCUCGAUUCCGCCGUCCAUCGGUAACUACUCCGGCGUCCAGAAGCUCCUCUUGAACCAGAACCAGUUCUCUGACCGUAUCCCACCGGAGAUUGGGAGGCUGCAGGAGCUCUCCAAGGUGGAUUUCAGCGGGAAUCGGUUCUCCGGUCCGAUAACACCGGAGAUAAGCCGGUGUAAACUCCUAACUUUCGUCGACCUCAGCCGAAAUGAGCUAUCCGGAGAGAUCCCACCAGAGAUUGCCAGAAUGAGGAUCUUGAACUACCUGAACUUGUCAAGGAACCAGCUCGAAGGGGGCAUUCCGCCAUCCAUUGCCACGAUGCAGAGCCUCACGGCGGUCGAUUUCUCAUACAAUAAGCUUUCCGGCCAUGUCCCUGGCUCCGGCCAGUUCAGCUACUUCAACGCGAGCUCGUUCGUGGGCAAUCCCGAUCUCUGCGGCCCGUACGUCGGCCCUUGCAACUCCGUGACCAACGGUAACGGCUCCACUCACGCAAGGGGGCCGCUCUCCGCUCCCUUUAAGCUGCUAUUGGUUACUGGUCUCCUCAUCUGUUCCAUUGCCUUUGCCGUCGCCGCCAUCAUCAAAGCUCGAUCUUUGAAGAAGGCAAGCGAGGCCCGAGCGUGGAAGCUCACGGCUUUUCAGCGUCUCGACUUCACCUGUGACGAUGUCCUGGAGUGCCUGAAGGAGGAGAAUAUCAUCGGAAAAGGCGGGGCUGGCAUCGUGUACAAGGGCGUCAUGCCCAACGGCGAACUGGUCGCGGUGAAGCGGCUCACCGCGAUGAGCCGGAGCUCGCCGCAUGACCAUGGAUUCUCAGCCGAGAUACAGACACUCGGAAGGAUUCGGCACCGCCACAUCGUCAGGCUGCUGGGUUUCUGUUCGAACCACGAGACCAAUCUCUUGGUCUACGAGUACAUGCCCAAUGGGAGCCUCGGAGAGGUUCUCCACGGCAACAAGGGCGGCCAUUUGCUGUGGAACACCCGGUACAAGAUCGCGGUCGAGGCCGCCAAGGGGCUCUGCUACCUGCACCAUGAUUGUUCGCCGCUGAUCCUGCACCGCGACGUUAAAUCCAACAACAUCCUGCUUGAUUCAAGCUACGAGGCCCACGUCGCGGACUUUGGGCUCGCCAAGUUCUUGCAGGACUCCGGUAGCUCCGAGUGCAUGUCGGCCAUCGCCGGCUCCUACGGGUACAUUGCUCCAGAGUAUGCAUACACGCUGAAGGUGGACGAGAAGAGCGACGUCUAUAGCUUCGGUGUGGUGCUUCUCGAGCUGGUGACGGGCAGGAAGCCGGUGGGCGAGUUCGGCGAGGGCGUCGACAUCGUCCAAUGGGUUAGAAAGAUGACAGAAUGUGGAUCCAACAGGGGCGGAGUGCCACAGAUUGUGGAUCCCCGGCUUCCCACGGUUCCCAUGGACGAAGCCGUGCACGUCUUCCACGUCGCCAUGCUGUGCGUCGAGGAACAGAGCGUGGAACGCCCAACGAUGAGGGAGGUUGUUCAGAUACUCAUGGAUGCACCAAAAGCAGCGCCUGAACAGGGAGAUGACUGCGAGGCACCCACGAAGGAAGCCAAGGAACAUCAGCAAGCUGCGCAGACCUCACCACCACCAGAUCUCCUCAGUAUUUGAAAUGCUGGGAUCCAAGUAUUUUGUUCCAAAUGGUUGGUGGAAACACGAGCUGUGUUCUGUAUCGUUGGGGUUUAGACUACUAGUUGAUCUGGUUUCAGCUCCUGCUUCUCGUCUGAUCCCUGCAGAUGCUGGUGCUCUGGUUCUCCAGUCGCUGUACACAUCUAUGGGGAGGGAGUCAUGGUACUUUUGUUGAUCUUUCUAUGGAAAUUAUUAGGAAAAAGAAGUGUUCAACGUAUCAUCUG